GCUGUGCUUGAGUAGCUGAAUCAAGUAUCUAUGUGAGCAAUAGUGCCAUUGUUUCCUGAUGUGAAUUAGUCUGCUGAAAGUGUUUUUAAACAAGCAUUGCAUUGUGUACAGAUCUAGCAAAACACGAACGCUUUCUACGCCUGAUUAUUUUAGAACCGCGAAUAGUUAACAAAUAUGGCGUAACUAAAAAAUAAAGUAAAAACGGACGGUCACUGAAUGGCAUUUGUGGUUAAAAUGUGAUGUGGUGUCUAGUGGUUUUGAACCGUUAACCUACGGUAGUGCUGGUGUAGCGUGUAAUGGUGCGAAAGCUAUUAGUGUGAUGGCGUAAUACUAUACAUAGAAACCGACAGUGCAGAUUUGUUACAUCGCUUUGCUUGAAUUUUUCAUUCAAUUCAUUCAGUACAAGCUUGACAUAUGUGUUUGAAAGCGCGAUUGAACCAGUACGUCUAGGAGAAAAGUAUAGGAAGUGAAUGCAGAGUGAAUGCAAUGCUGUAAGGUGGAGGAAACUAGUUUUCUGCUUUCUUCCGUAUAUUAUCUCCCGGCAAAGGUAGUGCUUCUCGUAUCUCCCAGCUUUCCGUACAGUGGACAGUUGGUGAAAAGAGAGAACUGUUCAAGGAAGUGGUGCGCGGGAAUAAGUUGCAUAUGCAAGAUAGUAAGCCCCAUCACUAGAUAAGGUAAAAAUACCGACUCCGGAAAUCGUUCGAAAAUUCAAGUCACGAUCAUACUCACAAAAUGUCAACGAAAGGAAAACCGUUUUCAUUCGAUCGCACGGAUCCGAAUCCAUCGCGUAAAAAACCAUCCAUCCGGGCAACGGUUGUGGAUGUGGUAGUUUUUCUGCUGACGUCGUUGGGGUAUAUAUUACAGGCUAUCUACUAUCAAAUUAUCACAGUACAGAAAAAGGACUUGAACGGAGAGAUAGCACUUGUGACGGGGGGAGGCGGUGGGCUGGGUCGUUUACUCGCCCUACGACUCAUAAAGCUUGGUGCAAAAGUAAUACUGUGGGACAUCAACCAGGAAGCACUGGACGAAUCGGUAAAAUUGAUUCAAUCCCUCGGAGGACUCUGCAAAGGUUACAAAGUAGACAUAUCCAACAAGAAUGAAGUUUACAACUAUGCCAAAGUAUUGCAAGAGGAUAUCGGAGAUGUGACGUUACUUUUUAAUAACGCUGGUGUAGUAUCAGGGCGAGCUCUCUUGGACACUCCAGAUCAUUUAAUCGAACGUUCGUUUAACGUAAACGUCAUAGCACACUUUUGGACAACCAAGGCCUUCCUACCAGCAAUGCUGAAACACGACCACGGACAUAUCAUAACAAUUGCGUCUCUCGCCGGUCAUGUAGGGAUUUCAAAGUUGGUAGAUUAUUGUUCGAGUAAAUUUGCUGCGGUCGGUUUCGAUGAAGCAUUACGAUUGGAGCUUGAACACCUUGGCGCACAAGGUGUUUUCACAACUGUGAUUUGUCCAUAUUUCAUACAGUCUACCGGAAUGUUUGACGACGUAAAUUCAAGAUGGGUCCCAACACUCGACUCCAACGAAGUAGCAGAUAAAAUAAUUGAAGGCGUACAAAGAAAUGACAAAUACGUCAUCAUUCCAGGGUAUUUACGGCUUAUGCUAGCUAUCAAAUGGGUGUUUCCUUGGGGAUGCAACUCCGGAUUCUUGAGACGAUUAGUACCAGAUGCCGCACCACAAUACAGCAUAACUCCCUUGAGCAGCCCGGAUUGUGAUAAGUUCAAUAGCACGGAAAGCCCGCUAUCCAGUGAUAAUAAUAAUACGACGAAAUCAACUCCACUACUCGUUCAUCGACAAUAUACAGGCGAACGUGUGCUUUAAAUUGCCUGCUGGGACUGCCUGUGAAAUUAUUCUUUUAAUACUUGUUGGUGUUUAGAAAGAGUAAUCCAGCAAUUUUAUUGUUUGAAAAUUUCAAAAGAAUAGUGUCCAUAUUUCUCAUUGUAUUUUUAAAUGGAUUUCAAUUCCGGUCUUUAGCUCGGCUCCCGGACUUAGGGAAAAACAAAGAUAUUACUGUACAGUUUGUUGAAAUUGAAAAAGGGCCACAGCGGCGAAAGGGGAAGACGGGGUGGGACAGGAAUGAAAACGGUUUAUGUACUCA